AAGUGAAACAGAACCGUUUCCUCAUAGAUUGAUGUUUCUCUACUGCUACACCUAAGUAUUCAUUCUUGUGCCUGAGACAUCACUCUAGACAUGGCAACGAAGGGGGCAAAGGAGACUCUCGUGAAUAAACUGGGCUUUAAAAGCAACAGCUCGAAGUCAGUGGACAUGGAGAUGGAGAAACUGAAGAGAGAGAAUCAGCAGCUGAAGAAAAGUCUGGAGGACAUGAAGAGAGCUGGGAGACAUCAACACACACAUCCAGACACGGACAAAGCCAAACUCCUGGAGAGGAUUCUCUCCCUGGAGACUCAGAGGGAGAGGAACUGUCAGCAGCUGCUGGUGAAGGAUCAGGAGGUGUGUGUCCUCAGACAGCAGCUCCGCUCCGCUCACGGGGACGUGGUGUCUUCACUGCAAAACCAGCUCCAGGAGAAGCAACAGGAGGCCGAACAGAGAGAGAAACAGAUUCAGGCUCUCUCAAAGGAGACCGAAGACCUGAAAAACAAGUAUUGUGUGGUUUCUGAGAGGUGUGACACACUUGAGAAACAAAAGGUAGGGGAAUUGACUUGACCACCCUCCAUAUGG